ACUCGGGCUCGUUUCCCCCGCGGUCAACCCAGCACCAUGCCUUCCGUGGAGAGCUUCGCGCUGACUUACGUCGCGCUGAACGAGAGCCGGACCUUCUCGGAGGGGGACACGGUGACUGGGAAAGUGACUCUGGUGCUGCAGAAGGAGGUUUCAGCCAAGAGCCUCCAUGUCAAAGCGAAGGGGGAUGCCGAGGUCCGCUGGUCCGAGAAGACCGGCGACAGAAACCGGACUUACCGCGCGAGCAAGAGAUACUUCAAACUCAAGGAGUUCCUGGUCGGUGGCCAGGAGGACUCCAAAGAAACUGUUAUUCCCAAAGGGAUCCAUGUCUUUAAAUUUAGCUUUAAAAUACCAGAAGGAAGUAUGCCUUCAACCUUCAGAGGAAUUCAUGGAAAGAUCCUUUACAAGCUGGAAGCUGCACUGGCCAGGAGUUGGAGGAUGGACCGUACUGUACAACAGGAGAUCAAUUUUGUCUCCAAGGCCUAUCCGGAUAUUCACUCUCUGAUGAUGCCCCAAGUUGGUUCAGUGAACAAAAAGAUGGGGCUGUUCUCAUCCGGACAAGUACACAUGGACGUCGGUAUUGACAGAAGAGCUUAUGCUCCAGGUGAAACAGUGAUGAUUGUCGCACAGAUCAACAACUCUUCAUCCUCUGACAUGAGUCCCAAAUUCAGUUUUAUUCAGGAUGUGGUGUACCGUGCCAGCGGUAAUACCAAACGUAAAAAGCACAUUAUCCACAAAGUGACUGACAGCUGCAUUAAGGCCCAAACACAGAAGGAGGUCCAGUGUGCUAUAACGAUUCCUCCUGGUCAGAUGCAGACAAUCCAGAAUUGUGACAUAAUCACAGUGGAAUACCAUUUCAAGGUAUAUUUGGAUAUCAGCUUUGCUUUUGAUCCAGAGGUCCUGCUCCCGGUGGUCAUUCUUCCUGUUCACUUCCGUCCUGGUCUUCAAUCUGGUGUUACCACGAGUCCCUAUCUAGCUGGGGCAACUGGUGGCCCGAGUAAUAGUGACUUCCCUCCCCCAACGGCAUCUUUGGGUCCAUAUCCUGCUUCACCAAACUCAGGCGGUUACCCAGGAGCUCAAAGGUACUCAGUGCCACAACCUACCUACUCAGUAAACCCACCACCAAUGUACGCAUUCCCAACCAAUGCAUACCCUACUCAGCCACCAUACUUGAGUGGGGGCUACAAUAACCCAGUGCCUCAGCCACAAACUCCAUAUGGAUCUCCCUCUUCAUCCUCAUCAUCGACGCCUGUGCUUCACCCUCCGCCUUCAGCCCCAACAUUUCAUCCACCCCCAUCUGCACCAGCGAUCAAUCCAUCGCCUUCUCCGUCUUUUAACAUGGCCGCACCGGCUCCCUCAUACAACUCUCUGCCUUCUUCAAUGAUGAUGAACGUAGACUUCCUGUCUCAGUCGGAUGAAGCUCCUCCAUCAUAUUCCCUCCUGUUUCCGUCUUCUGCUACUGGAAGUUCUAAUGCAAAAUAAUCAAAGGAAUCAUUAAUGACUGGAUCAGUUGAUUGAGUAUUAAGUAAACUGCCAAUAGUUAACCAUGUGAAAUCAGAUCACCUAUAAAUCUCUGCUUAGUAAUUAGUGUUGCAUUUGUUGAAGAUGAAAGAAUUUCAAAUGAAAGGGGCGUAUUUGUGCAUUAUUAUAUUUGAUUUAGCAUGUAGACAAAAAUAAUACUUUUUCUUUGUAUGUUAGAGUUUUGUUUGUUUGGUGAGUUAUUAGGUUGGUGUUGGCUGUUAUUCAAACCUCAGUCAUCAGGGUACACAGUGUUUUAUACGUGCCUUGUUCAACUCAAGUGUCCUGGAACUGAUGAUUUUUUCAGCCUUAUAGUUUUCUCUACCUCACUAAUCUGCAUCAUGGCUGGAAAAACACUAUUCACAAUGUUUUUAUGUGUAUUGAGUUUUGUAUGAGACAGUGACUUUGGACACUACACACUACUUAGAAGUGCUCUGACUGAUUUGA